AAAUAAAUAAAUAAGAACAAAUGCCUUAAACCUCUGCUCGCAGGAUCGCCACACAUUACAACCUCUGCUGCUCUCUUUCUCUACAAUCAGUAAUAAAACCUUUUCAUUUACUCGAAAGAAGAAAAAAAGAGGGAAAAAGAAAAAAACCACUGGAACGGUAACGUAUUUGGAAAGCUAGGGUUUAGUUUGUGUUUGUGAUCGGUAAUGGCGGAGGAAGAGGUUGUUGUGGCAGCGGCGACGGCGAAUGCGACUAAUACUAAUACAAGUCCAGUUGCAUCGGAUCAUAACAAACGGAAGCUUCAAGAUUUAGAGCCUGAAGAAGCUCAAGCACCGGCCGAGGCUAACCCUAGCGACGAUGCGAAUAAGAAAUCUGAUGACGUGGCAGAAGGUGACACGCAGGAGGCCAAGAGGUUAAGAACGGUCGAUGAGAAUAAAUCUGAUGGCUUAGCAAGUGAGAAUGGUAUUGGAAAAGACAAACCGGAGGGUGGUCAAGAGAAAAGUGAUAAGGAUGAGCAGGAAGAGGAGGACGUUAAUGCUCAAGAAACAGUAGGUAAAGGAGAAGAACCAGCGAAUGCAGAUGAUAAUGACACAGUUGAUAAUGAUACUAAAGAGGCUGCUUCUGUUGGGGAUUCUAAGAAAGAUGCAGAUGAUAACGACACAGUUGAUAAUGAUAUUAAAGAGGCUGCUUCUGUUGGGGAUUCCAAGAAAGAUGACGCUACUGAGAAGCAACAGGAAGCAGAUGAAGAAACUGCCCGACCUCCUGAGGAGGAAUCUGAACCUGAAUCUGAUGAUGCUCAAACUACUUCACGGAAAAUGGAGGUUCCUAAUGAUAAGGUUGGAGUUCUUAUUGGCAAGGGUGGAGAUACAAUACGUUAUCUGCAGUAUAAUUCUGGGGCAAAAAUUCAAAUUACAAGGGAUAUGGAUGCUGAUCCGCAUUCCACAACAAGGCCAGUGGAAUUAAUAGGGACUUUAAGCAGUAUAAGCAAGGCUGAGAAGCUCAUUAAUGCUGUCAUAGCAGAGGCGGAUGCUGGUGGUUCCCCUUCCCUUGUAGCUAGAGGCCUUCCUAGUGCACAGACUGCUGGAGUGGGAGAUCAAAUUGAGAUGCAAGUACCCAAUGAGAAGGUUGGGUUGAUCAUAGGCAGAGGAGGGGACACCAUUAAAGCUCUCCAAGCCAAAUCAGGGGCACGCAUUCAGGUAUUGAUACCUCAACAUCCUCCAGAAGGGGAUGCAUCUAAAGAAAGGACAGUGCGAGUGACCGGUGAUAGAAAGCAAAUUGAGAUUGCAAGAGAAAUGAUAAAGGAUGUCAUGAGUCAGCAGAAUGUGAGGCUAUCACCCCUCUCUGGCGGUUAUAACCAGCAGCAAUCGUAUCGACCCCGUGGACCUACCGGUCCAUCUCACUGGGGUCCUCGAGGUCCCCACUCAUCCCAGCCUAGUCCUUACGAUUAUCAUCAUCGAGGACCAUAUCCAUCCCAAAAUUCGCAGUAUCCACCUCCUAGUUAUGGUGGUUAUCCUCCACAGCAUAUGGGUCCAAGAGGUAACUUCGGUUCUGGUUGGGAGCAAAGACCUCCCAACAUGCAGGGGCCAGUUUCGCAUGGGGGUGGCUAUGAUUAUUAUGGUGGCCAAGGAGGUCAUGUACCUGAUCACCCAUCAUCUGCUCCAAUUUCUAAUCCUAUCACUGGGCAUGCUACAGGCCCCUCCCCUACUCCUGGAAUGGGCCAUCCUCCAUCACAAGCAAAUUAUAAUUAUGGACAGCAACAUGGUCCGGAUUAUGGGCAUCAAGCUCCUUAUUCCCAGGCGGUGUCUCAGCACGGCUAUGGGCAUGGAUAUGAUGAACCGAAGUAUGAUAGUCAUGCGCAGACGCAGCAUCCGUAUGGACAUGGAAAUCCUCAACCAGUUUACCCGCAGGCCAGCAACCAACCUGGCUAUGGGGCUCAGCAGCAGUAUGGAAAGCAACCAUCCUAUGGCAUGCUGCCUCAGGGACCACCUCAAUCGUAUGGUCCUCCUAGGCCUGGUCAACCAGGAGAUAUGCCUUAUCAAGCCCCGAAUCCAUCCAGCCAAUCUUAUGGUUCAAAUGUGCCACCUCAACAGCAGUAUCCAUAUGCAUCAAGCGGACCCAUGCAGCAAGCAUAUCCUUCAUAUGGAGCUCCAUCAGCUACUGAUGGGUAUAACCAAGGAUUGCCUGCUUCUGUCCCUGGCUAUCCUCAGCAAGCUGGCCAAUCAGUUGCAUCAUAUGGUCAACCUGGUGGACAGCAGGCAUCUGCUUAUGUGCAAGGUCCAUCCGGUGGUUAUGGAUCAUAUCCAUCUUCACAACAAGCUUACCCAGAGCAGCCAGCUCAAAACAGUGCAGGUUACGGGUAUCAAGGGUCUCAAGAUCCUGCUUAUGCCACCGGCCCUGGUUCAGCAUAUGCUGCACCAGCUAGUGGUCAGCAAGGUUAUGCUCAACCAACGCCAACUCAACCAAGCUACGAUCAGUCAGUUCCACAGUCAACUGCUUAUGCUGCUGCUGCCCCCCCAGCAAGUGCGCCAGUUAGCUAUGGGAAAACUGUCUCUCCCCAGCCUGGUUAUCCUCAAUAUGACUCGACCCAGAUGUACGCUGCUCCACGUUGAGAAUUUUGUUCUACUUAAAGGCGAGUCUGUUCUGGUGAUGAAUAUUAAGAUCAUGUGCCUUAAUAUUCCUCAUAUUGAAAUUGUCUGGUAGCAUUAGCAUUAGUUAUUUGAUAUUAGGUCGUUCUCUCUGAAUGUUGAUAGAACAUCUAGAUGUUGCUGCUCCUAGUAAUGUAAUCCAGAUGGCUCUAGUUCUUGCAGACUAAACUUCUCUCCAAUGUUGUUGGUCUCUCUCUUCGCUUAUUAUGUAUGAUUAGGACCUGAGGUAUUUUUUAUUUUGGGGAAAUCAGAAGCACUAUCUUUGUA